AGCAUUGGUGCGUGCGCGCGGACAGAAACAUUAAGGAAGAGGAUGCGGGCUGGUGGUGGAGGUGAGUAACGCGGUUUUUACUCACUUCAGAGUCACAUAUGUUCACGUUUCUGUGUGUUUAGGCGCAGAAAUGGCGUCUGAGCGGCGCGGUGUUUUAGCUGCUAGCUGUGACACGAAGUCUUUACUGUUUUAACGUUCACACAUGACAGUAAAACCGAAAGCAACAGGGUGGACGCGGCUGUUUUCACUCCCACAAGUUGGUGUGUGGAUUAAAGUUUAAACGGUGGAAGACGGUUCUUAUGUGGGAGACUGAAAACGGGAGUACUGACGGUUUAAUGUUAAAGGGUUUAUGGAGGCAGGGUAGUUAAAGAGCAACGGCUGGAAAUGCGACAAACACCGAGAAGAAGAAGAGAGAGACGGAGAGAGAGAGAGAGAGAGAGAGAGAGGGGCGUUUUUUUUGUUCUUUUACAGUGGGAGAAGCUGAUAUCAGGAGCUGAAAGUGAUAGCAGCGCUGUAGGAUGACAGAGGAGAGUCUAAUGACAGCUCUGAGUCAUUGGUUUAAAGGGCAGCUCAGUCACUUUAAUACGGUUAAAAAGAGAGAGAUUCAGUACAGAGGUAAAAAAGGGUUAAAGCUUUAUUAUACCCAUAAUUAUUGGAGACACAGUAGGAGGUGGUGGUGUGCUAAAGUUUGAUGUUUUAAAAAGUUUUCCUCCUACAUCUUGUCUCCAUUAAAAAACAUGAGGGGAGUAAAGUAGGGGAGAGUGGGGUAAGAUGAGCCGAAGGGUAAAGGUUAGGGUUAGGGCCAAAGGGUAAAGGUUAGGGUUAGGGUAAGGUGACCAGACGUCCCCGUAUUGGAUGACCUGUCCCCGAAAAUGUCCCUGAUUUAAGUGUUUCAUGAAUGAGAACAAAAAUGUUGUUUGAAGGCUAGAACAAUGGUUGUUUAGUAGCCGAAUGGGUAGGAAGCACAAGAAAGCAGUCCUGAACAACAGUUUUUACGGGGUACGGGGGUUAUUACAAGGGCGUGCGCUGCUACUAAAUUGUACAGAGAUGUUGUCUGUGAUGACGCAGCCAAUGGGCUACAACAUGAGGUCAAAAAACUAACAUUAAAGUCCACCAUUUUAUCUUAGAGGACUAAUAAAGUCAUCAUAGUAGUUCAGGGGUAGGGACGCACUGACCUGAUAUUUGGAUCGGAUAUCGGCUUUGAUAUUGACAAAUUAAUCGGAUCAGGUAUCGGAUGAAUGACGCCGAUCCAGCGUUCCGAUCCAGUCUUUUUUUCUUUUAAUUAAUUUUUUAUUUAAUCCAUGGAAGUCUUGCUUCUUUUUGCUGUGUGCUAAAGUGCAAUUUGUUAUUUGUUAAUAAAUAAUAUGAAGUAAACUUAUAUCUAUGUUAAUUUGUUACCUUUUUUAACAAGGCUAAUGUCAAGCCUGAUACCUUCACUCACAGGGCGAGGUAUACAGUUCAUUCAUUCAACAGUAGGAUUGGAUCGGUAUCAGAUAUCGGUCGAUACGCUCAGGUAUCGGUAACGUAUUGGAUCGGAAAAAAAUGGAUCAGUAUAUGAUCAAGAUGACAGCUCUGUUUACACUCAUUCUGUUGGUUUUAGGGAUGAACAACAUCCUGAAAUAUCUGCAGAUACACGAGUUAGAGACUAAACUAGGAUUGACUCGAUGCAGUGAUCCCAAAUAUGAAAAAUGGAUCAUCUUACCCCACUCUCCCCUACACCACCAACACCCACUCCAACUUCAACUUCCUGUUAAGUUGCCACAGUUGUAAUGUGUCUCACUAAUACUGCCUGAGAGCCACACCUGCAGCUGUGUUAGUAUAUUCACACAUACAACUGUUCUUACAUUACGCCAGACUAAACAUGUUAUAUCAUAUGAAAAAGUUUACAACUUGGAGUAAAGGGUCACACAAGAGAAAAGUAUGAGGAAAGAAUGAUUUCAGGUGUUUUCUGUGUUUGCAUUAGGCUUAUCCUGAAAAUACAGAUUAGUAUGAAUGUCUCAUAUCUGUCUGUAAGAAGCCUAAAACAUCUCUACAAUCUCACAUUAUACAAAAUGUCAAGAAAGGGAUUUUAUUUAAAACCACUGCUUUAUUUUUGGACUGUAAUAUUGUGUCCUAAUAAAGAUUUCACUGAAGACCACAGUUACCCAAAUAAACCCAGACUGUUUAUUUCAGUAGACUGUGUGAUCCAGUUUAAGAUAUAAAGAUGGCAAGUCUCUAUAAAUUAUAAUUUGCCUCGGAGGUGCAUGACGGACAGCUAUCUUAGGACGCAUUAUGAAAUAAGAAAAACAAACUCUACCCUGUGAAACCCUUUAUGAGGGGGAAAAUGUAGGAAAACUCUGGAAAAGCAACAAUGAAGGAUUCACUGUUCAGAAAGAUUUGACUUUAUAUUUCACAUUAUAAACUUGUAUGUCAUAAUUAAGCACUUUUUUCCUCAUUAUUUAACUAUUAAAAUCUCAGAAUUAGGACUCUGUACCUCCCAAUUCUGACAAUUGAUCUGUUUUCUUCAAACGACAACUUCUGAUAGGUUUGUUUUCUUCUUUUUUACCAGCAGAAUAAAUAAAUAUUCUCAGAUUAAUCCUGCUAACAACAAGUGUCUCUGUAUCCAAAGGCUGGUAUAGCUUAUUCCUCUGUGUUAAAGACCUCCAUUGUUGUCCAAAAUUGCAUCACUGUGAGAGCUACACUGUUGAACUCUGAAUCCCCGAAAAGCGCUCCGUUUGUGGCCGUUUGAGUGACGAAGGAGCUUUUCCAACAGAAAUAUAUCCGAGUUAGGAAACGGAAUUUUGCUGUUUUUGGUUUUUAACGCUUUAAAAAAAACAAUUUUACAUCUUUAGAAGUAACCAACAGUUCUAGUGCUUUAUAUACAAGAAAUAUUAGAAGGUUUUAUAGGUAUGGUAUACAGAGUUUUGUCAGAUUCAGCGUUUGUGGUUUAAGAGUAUAGUAUAUUGAAUUUCCCAUUGGGGGUUAAUAAAGUUCCUCUUCUUCUUCUUCCAGUUAUAGGGAUAUAUAUGUGAAUCCAGCUGCUGUCAUGAGACUCAAAGACUGCUGACUCUGACUCUCACAGUCAGACGUGUCGUUACUGUGAGAAGACCUCCAGUGUUUAUGAAUAUUACCAAAGCUAAUAGUGUCCUGGUUUCACUCUCAUCCUCAGGCUGUGGGUGUGUGCUCAGACUGAUGUCUCCGAACAACUGUGUUAAUGUUAAUGAACCUCACUUUGUAAACUCUGUUUCUUGUUGAUUUGAUGCUGACAUGAAAUUCAGGAACUUGAUGAGUGAAAGUGACUGUUUUUACAUUAAAUGUGACCUUUUUUUGUUGUUGUCUGUAUAACUACAGGAGAAGAGGACGUGUAGGCCAGGGCGUCUCUGCAGAGCUAGAGUAAGUUUUUAAUUUCAGCAGCAUGAAUGUAUUAAGAUUAAAAUUGUGUUUUAGUUUAUGUGGAUUUGUGUGUUUUCACUUUCAGCCUUUGUCAGUGAAAACGAGAACAGACUCUUGGAUUAAUCUGACAGAUAUGUUGAAGAAAGAGUCUUUUUUGUUGUUGUUGUUGUUUUUGUGUUUGUAUAUUGUUAAGUAAAAAGGGAACUCGCACAGAUCCAGUUCCUCUUCACAUAUUUUUGUGGCAGUGAUUUCUAACGUGUGUCUUCUUCUCAGCACGGUUCGCUUGUUUAGGUUUUAAAGUGUUUUUCUCAGACUGUGCUGAGACUUCAACCCUUGACCAAACAGAUAACACGACAGUAAUCAAUCAAAGCGAGAGAUGUGGUGGUUAGGGGGCUUCGUGUUUGCUCUUUAGGUGGUCUCUCUUCUUCGACAUGUUCAGAGCUCAUCACAUGUCCACUGUGUGAAGAUAUAAAGGGAGAUACAGAAACUCCUGACUCCUGGGUUUUAUUAGCCAGCCUGUCUCACUCUCUGUGACUCUCUCCCCGUCUCCAGAUAUGGAUUACAAGCUCGUGUUUGCAGCCUUGGAGACGGUAUGUGAAGACAACAUUUCUAUCUUGUGUGGGCCUUCUGAUUUGCCGUACGGUGCCGUUGCCACGCGCCUGGUCACGUGUAUGAGACAGAUUCAGGAGCACGGUCGAGCUCUGGAGCCCGUGGUCGCCAGCUUCGUCGCCGUCUACCACCACUAUGACUUUGAUGCACGCACACCGGGGAAUGGCUAUCGCACCCUGGUCAAGGUAAGACUGAGCGGAAGGAUGAUCUUUGUUUGAAUUUCUGUCUCAACAUUUCAUUUAAGACAAUAAAAUACAAGCUCUUACAUUUUUACCCUUAUGGACAUUUUUCCAGUUUCUCUUUUGAUUAUUUUCUUUGUGAAAACAAAAAUAGUGAAAUUCCUGGAUUUACUCACCAGUUUUAAAGAAUUCAACCCUUAUUUACUAGAAAACAACCAAAAAAAACAGCGUUCGUUUUAAGGGUUGCUUCUCAUUAGAGGAACGGUUUCCUAACCCUCAACAGUGACGGAUAUAUGAUCGAUCUCAUCUUUAUUCUUCGUGGUAGACUCCCUCCUUUUCCUCUCUUCCUCCAGGUCCUGCUGUCCUGUCUUCUGCACAUCGUUCACAAAGCCCGUUACAUCGCCUCGAACUACAACGGCGCCUUCUUCAGGGCGGACCACAACGCCACAGAGUUAGAGGCCUACUGCAGCGCUCUGUGCCAGCUACGCGCCCUGCUCUACCUCGCCCAGCGGCUGAUCAACGACAACGAGUGUGGCCAGCUGUACUCCCUGCAGGACGGGGACCUGAGCAGCAAGUUUGUGCAGGAGUACAGCUCCAUGCACAAAGCCUGUUUUUAUGGUCGCUGCCUGGGCUUUCAGGUCAGCGGGGGAAAAAAACAGAGCAGCUUUCUUCUAGUCAUGUUUAAAAAGUGUGAAAUUAACCUUUAGUCAGUGUUUAAAAGCUCUUCAAUCAUUCACUCUCUAUUCUAUUUUCACAGUUCUCACCAGCUCUACGUCCGUUCCUCCAGACCAUCGUCAUCAGCAUGGUUUCAUACGGGGAGACGUACGGUAAACAGCAGUCUGGUUUAGGUGAGUCUUGUUUUCUCCUCAUGGUCACGUGGUGUUUGGAUGUCGUGGUCACUGUUUUUUAAUCGCUCUUCCUCUCUCCAGGUAUGGCUGCCCUUUCUCUCCUCACUUCAGGGAAGUACGUCAUCGAUCCAGAGCUGCGGGGCGCCGAGUUUGAACGCAUCACGCAGAACCUGGACAUGCAGUUCUGGAAGUCCUUCUGGAACCUGACAGAGUCCGGCCUUAUAACAGUAGGCAGGGUCAAAUAUUACCUGAGCGGCUCUCAUUUUAGCUAAACUCGCUCAUGUUCAGGCAGCUCAAUCUCCUGAUCGUCCUUCUUUGUCCAGGGCUUCAACAGAAUAGCCUCCAGCCCCGUUCAGGUGAACUUGACUCUGACUGUACCUCCUGUCGCUCUGCGCCUCCCACUGGCAUCAGACCCUAACCUCACAGCCUCCGUGUCGCCUCCAUUAGCCCUCUGGGGCCCUGGGCCGGUCCACAUGCGCCUCAUCUCCCAUGAGAUUCGAGAAGGACAGGUGAGGCAUCAAGAACAGCAAGAAAGAUGCAAAAUUUUGUAUGAGACAGUCGGACAUUCAUUUCCAGUUUUGAAUAAAUAAACCCGAAAAGAUGAAUUUUUGUUGAGUUUUAUUAUAAACCUUAUAAACCUCGUCCUGAUGACUUUCUUCCUAGGACAGCGAAGACCUGCUGUCCUUAUCUCGCAGAGAUCCUCCUCCCAUCUCGGCCUCCCAGCUCCCGUGGGUGCAGAAGCAGCCUCUCUCCCCCUGGCUGAUCAUCCAUUUCCACGGAGGAGGCUUUGUGGCCCAGACCUCCAGGUCCCAUGAGGUAAAGUACAGAGUGUUAGAGUUACUAUUAAUCCUGUGAUCAGUGUUACAUAAACUCUUAGUUUUAUAAUGAUACCAAAAUAAAGUCAUCAGUCCAGGUUUUCCAGUCUUAAAGGGGGACAGUUUCAGAAUCUGCUGAGUCUCGUUUCUCUGUCCUACAAAUCAGAAUUAUCUCCGGACUUGGUCAAAGGAGCUGAGCGUCCCCAUCCUGUCUGUGGACUACUCUUUAUCGCCUGAAGCACCUUUUCCCAGAGCUCUGGAGGAAUGUUUCUACGCUUACUGCUGGGCUCUGAAGAACUGUCACCUGCUGGGUAUGUGCAUCAUCAUCAUCAUCAUCACCAUGUGUUACUCUUCUUUGCAAGAUUACAGGUUCGUGUCGACUUUAACAAAAAUAAACUGACAAACAAGUUUCAGUUGAAAAAAUGUUAAUGUAACAUUAACGGUUGUUUACAAAAUUCAGCAGUCAAAAAGAAGAGGAUUUAAUCUGUGCAAAUUUGCAUUUUUGAGUGUUGUAUAUAAAAAGUGAUUCCAUGGCAACAUGAGUGUCACUGUACAGCAUUGGCCAUUAUCUUCAUACAGAAGCUGCAGACAGCUGUUUGUACAGUAACCAGCAGAGUCUUCAUGUUUACAGUUGCUCCAUGUUCCCUUUGACAGAUGUAGAUAACACAUGUACAAAGUGUACCCGUUUGACGUUACUCUUUGUCCAGGUGGAGGAGCACAUGAUACACUGAUCGUGGAUAACUCUCACACACACACACUCUCACACACACACACACACACACACACACACACACAGACACACACACACACACACACACGCGCGCAUGUGGAAAUAAGUUAGUAAAGUGUUUUGAGUUAAAAGCUGAAAAUUUCUAUGAUUUAUUAUGUUUUCAUUUAUUAAAAAAAGGUGUUAAUUAGGGCCCGACAGAUUUAUCGGUGAGACGAUUAGAUCGGCCAAUUUUAGCCCGUUUGAGACUAAUCGGUAAUCGGCCAAAACUCGACGAUUAUCACUGAUAUUUUCAGGAAUCAAAUGCGGAGAAUAACAUUCGGUUUCACUUCGAAAACGUUCCGCCGUUUGAAAAGUUCCCCGACUUAUCCUGUAGAUGGCGCUACAGCGACCUCAAGACAAUCUUCAUCCAGUAACUACCUCACACUUGAAAACGCUUUUCUGGUCCGAGUUCGAUCAGUCGGUCUUUCUGUCGGCAUGAAGAGCAGUAACUUACAGUAUAUCUACAGUAUAUAGUCUACUGUAGAUAUCUAGAAUCAGUAAUCAGAUUUCCCCCCCCUAAUAAUCGGCGUCGGCCCUAAAUAAAUCCAUGUCGGUCGGGCCCUGGUGUUACAUAUUCACUGAUAAAGACUUAAAUGAAGUGAAUCGAUCAGGUGACAGGUCUGUGUCUGUGUGUGUGUCUGUGUCUGUGUCUCAGGCUCCACAGCAGAGCGGGUCUGUCUGGCAGGCGACAGCGCCGGAGGAAACCUCUGCAUCACCGUGUGCAUGAAGGCCAUGUCCAGCGGCAUCAGAGUCCCCAACGGCGUCAUGGUCGCCUACCCCGCCACCUUGCUCACCACGGACGCCUCGCCCUCCCGCCUGCUCACGCUCAUUGACCCGCUGCUGCCUUUAGGUGUCCUCGCUAAGUGCCUUAACGCCUAUGCAGGUAUGUGGGUGUGACCGGGUUAGAGAAGCGCCGCUUCAUGCCUCAUUUGAUGAUAGAGCACAUUCUGGCGCCACUUCAACAGAAAUCUGAAACUCCGAAGGAAGUUUGUGUGUAAACUUCAUAUUUUGGGAGAAACAGAAGACGGGAAACCAAAUCAAAUUUUCACUCCCUGAGUUAAAUGAAAAAUCCUGCUUUGUGAAUGCAGCAAUGUCAGAAAUGACAGCUGCUUGUUGCCAUGUGAACCGUGUAUUCAAACAGGAGCAGGUCAAAUGCUGGUGUACAUGGUGUAUUCUGUCCUUUUGUGAAUGUUGAGCGGUCGUCUCUUCACUCUCCAGUAUUUUAUCCUCGUCUGAUUCUCUGUUUUAGUCUCCUGAACAUGUUUGAUCUGGAUAAAUGUUGCUCUGAUUCAUUUCUUCACCUCUUGUCUGUGUCCUAUCAUCUUCCCCGCAGGUGCAGACUGUCAGUCAGUGCAGCCUGCUGUAGGAAGCGGCAGUCUAAGCGCUCUGGGCAGAGACACCGCUGUGCUGCUCAGCGAUCUCACCCAAGGAGCCUCCAACUGGAUCCAGUCCUUCCUGGAUCCCACGCGGACCUCAGGUGGAGCUCGUUCCUUGUCAUCAUCUCCGAGAAGGUCCCAGAGCAACACCGCUAACAAGACAGCGGCUCAGAGCUCUACACAGGACUGUGAAGAUCACAUGGAGUAUCCGGAGGGAUUUCAGCCGCUGCGCUCAGAGUGCCUGGCUUUCGUUCGCCCAACAACCUGCCCCAUCAUCAAGAACCCGUUUGUGUCACCGCUGCUGGCUCCAAAUAACCUGCUGAGAGGCCUGCCGCCUGUUCACAUCGUGGUGAGAGAAAAGAGGAGAGCUGGAGGAAACUGGGGGGGAUUUUCUAAAGAUAAUGACCUCAACUAUUUAACAUUCUUGUUUGUUACAUUUUUCACUCUGAAUCCAGCGUCAGUCAGGCUGUGCUCUGUUGAUGUAGAUUUGUUUUGUCUCUUCCCCCCACAGGCCUCCGCUCUGGACGCCUUACUGGACGACUCUGUGAUGUUUGCCAAGAAGCUCCGAGACAUGGGCCAGCCUGUGACUCUGACGGUGGUGGAGGAUCUGCCUCAUGGAUUCCUCAGCCUCUCGCAGCUCUCCAAGGAGACUGAGGUCGCCUCGGCAAUCUGUGUGGAGCAAAUGAGGAAGAUUUUCCAGCAAGAAGACCCGACGCCGUCUCUUCCCAGAUGGCCAGAGACUUACAUGAGCACCAACCACUCAGGAUGACAAGCUUAGGACUUCUUUUGAUGCUUUAAUGAGAAACAGACACCAUGACGAGGAGGUGUUAUGAUAUAGGAUAGAUGAUAUUAUGUGGAAGGGGGAAUGCAAUAAAUGUAAGGAAAGGGAAGAUUGUGAGGAUGCAACACUAAAAUAGGAAGAAACAGGGAUGCUGCACUUGAAACCUGUAAUGCACAACAAUUACUGCAGGCAGCAAUCAUUGAGAGAUUCACUAAACACUUCCCAGAAACAGGUCUAAUAUGACCUACAAAAGAAAAGAGUAUAUUUCAGCGGAGACGGUAAAAAGGAACAUUAAUAACUGAAGCUGUGGUGCCUUGAAUUCCACGUGCUGCUCUAAUCAGAAAGAAUAUUUUUGCUUACUACUUCAAACUGACCUGACACAAAAGUUUACUUGUACAGGAAAAUAUGUUUAUGCACUGUAAUAUUAUUAUUAUUAUUAUUAUUAUUAUUAUUAUUAUUAUUAUUAUUAUUAUUAUUAUUAUUAUUAUUAUAUUUUAUGAUGAAUUAACCUGUGGUCUGGUUUUGCUAGAUUGUCAUGUGUUUACAAUACAGUAUGUUGACAAGGAGGUCUUUGACUUGUAUUUUUCCAGCAGAAUGUAAAAGUUAGUGUUUAAAUAUAUUAUUAUACUGUAAAGUUUAAGAAUUUCUUAAAAUAACAAUUUACCUCUUGUUAUAUUUUAAGUCUGAAUUAAAUCAAACUGGAAAGUUU